GUAAAAUCACCAGCGGGAUUCACACCUCCCAUCUCCCAUGUACGUCAAAUCCUUCCCAGCAGCGGAUGUUAUUGGAAAACUGGGUCCACAAGCAUCAACGUACAAGCUAGAAAGCCUCGAAAAGUUCUCAGACCUGACAUUUUGAAUAACGUCGUGGAUACAGAAGGGAACCAACAUGUCCAGUGACCCCCCUCCUCCUUACCCAGGGGGCCUCAAUGCCCCACUUCUUGAGGAAAAAAAUGGACAACCUCCAGUUUCUGCCACUGCUCCAGUAAUGACUGGACCUCCACAAGGACAGCCGCUGCCACCAGAUUAUGGACCUCCACCUUAUGAAGCUACACCUGGCUUUGUUCCUCCGCACGUCCCAGGCGAAGGUCCCAUGCCUAAGCCUAUGCAUAUGCAUAUGCCCAUGCCUCAUUCUCACGGUGGUUACUACCUUCCCCCAGGGCACUUUCCUCAUCCGAUAGCGGAGCACUAUGGUCCGGGUCCCAGUCACUUUGCUUCAGGUCACACAGCCACAGUUCUCUCCCCUCCUGGUACCACCACCACCACCGUGACUGUUCUACAGGGGGAGAUGUUUCAGUCGGCUCCAGUGCAGACGGUUUGUCCUCACUGCCAACAACCCAUCAUCACCCGCAUCAGCCACGACAUCGGCCUCAUGAAUACUCUAAUCUGCAUGUUCUGCUUCUUGGUCGGUUGUGAUCUAGGUUGCUGCUUGAUCCCAUGUAUGAUUGACGACCUCAAGGAUGUGACACACACUUGCCCCAACUGCAAGGGCUAUAUUUACACAUACAAGCGCAUAUGCUAACAGUUUAUCCCAUUAACGAUUGCGCUGUGACUUCAUUCUGGCACUUGAUAUAGUUACUGACGCCUCUAAAAUGAAGCAGGGGGCAUGAAGGUUCGGUACAUUUUAUAUGCACAAUGGUCAGGGUUACAUUGUGUCCUCAAAGAACUGUUUUUUUUUUUUAGCAGUAGAACAAAGCGUAUACAUGUUGAGAAUAUGUGAAAAUGCUAACCUUGAGUAGCGAAACGAAAUGAUUUCACUACAGAUUGUAGGAUUCUUAUUUUAUGCAUUCUUAUUUUAUUUUAACAUAUUAAAACAAAAGUCUUCGAUGACUGGGUCUGGGACCGUUCAAGUCCUGGAGUAACGUUGUUGCUUUUACAUGUGAAAAAUGUCUCUAUAUUUGGCAUUUUAUGCAAAUGUUAUGGAAAUUAGUUUCUUUCACUUUUGUUUUGUAUAUUUGUCGACAAGACUCAUUUGAAGUCGACCUGAUAUGCUUAUCUAUGUAACAUGCAUUGUUGUGCAGAUGUGUCAUUUUAGAUGAACGGUUUCUAUUAACAAGGGAUGUGUAUGUCCAUCUAAAUCUCCUUUUAGAAAUAUAGGGAUUUAGAUAACUUAGGGCUCGUGGUGUUUUAAUAUGCCAUGGUCAUAUUUGUGAAAUUCAAACAAUAUACAUUUAAAUUUUUUUUUUGAACUGUGAAUCAAAACUAUAGCCACGGUGCUUUUCAAACCACUAUACUAGCUGUUCUGUGUUGUCAGUACGCUGUUUGAGCUUCCUAUAAACAAUUAUUGGCUAUCCAGGUCAGUUUACCAGUCAUCAAUAAGGUAGGUCUGUGUUUGUCGAUAGUAAGAUCAGUGUAGAAUCAUGUCUAAUCACAGAUAAGCAUCCUUUAACAUUUAUUCUGCCCAGCACUGCUGAACAACAACAUGUUUAGAAGUGGCUGUUGCAUUAUUUUUUCAAUUCAAGUUCAACUUGACAUGGUGAAGCUGUCUUCUUCAAAAAGGGAAGAUAUUUCUUGUAACGGCUGUUCAAAGCUGCUUUGCUGUUGGAGUUCACCAGCAUGAUGAAGCGCGCUGCAUGGCAUCACUGUAAUCUUGCAUAGCUCUCUAUUGGGCCAUAUGUCCCAUCAGUGUGUCAAGCUGUGCUUGUUGCUGCACUGGGCUUCAUCACUCAAAGCAGAUUAACCAUUCACUUAUUAAUACUGUGUGUAACAGGCCACAAGGAUUUAAAUGAUGAUUGUCCUGAUUUUUGUUUUUUUUUUCCUAUUUGUGGUCAGAUUGUGAUUUCUGUGGAAUCAUCCAAAGAGAUUGUUUCUUUUAUAUUGGUCAUUUUGGUUGUGAAAGUGUAAACUUUCAAAUCAUUUUGCUCUGUCCAACAAUGUGAUUUACUGCUCAAAUGGUACAUAAGAUACAACAUCCGCAGUGCUUAAGACACUAUAUAUCUCAAUAUAUAUAUAUAUAUAUAUGGACUGUAUAUUUAAAACUGUGUGUGAAAGGCCACAAGGAUUUAUAGGUUGAUUUUUCCAAAUUUUUGUGGCCAGAUUUGUCAUUUCUCAGGAAUCAUCCUAAGAGAUCGUUUCCUUUAUUUGAUCAUUUCUGAGGAAUCAUCCUAAGAGAUCGUUUCCUUUAUUUGAUCAUUUCUGAAUAGCUGCAAAAAUGUGAUUUAAUGGUUCGAAGUUCAAACGCUACAUCAGCAGUGAUUAGACACUGUAUAACUAAACCGUUCUUAAAGCUACACUACGUAACUUUUGGCCCUGUAGCAGAUAAAAAAGAAACAAAAUGCGUCUUGGUUGUGCUUCGGCUCUGCUACCAGUUUACAAUCCGUGAUUUUUCCCGGAGGCUUGCCAUUUUAAAUGAUUCACGGUGAAUUUUUCUCAUUUGUUGUGGCGGUGAACUUUUAUCUUUAUGCUGCUGCCACAACAUAAACGUGAAUAUAUGUGUACGGAUAUAUCACGGAUAAAUCGCGAUAUGCAUGGGCGAAUGACGUACGUAUGCUAUUUUUACCACAAAAUCCGUCCCGACAGCUUUAAAACAUAAAUCGUUAUUAUAGAUUUAUCAAAAUGUAUUGGGCUAAAUGACAUUUGGAAGAUUUUUUCACUCUUUCACUAAUAUGUUAUCAAACAAAUGUUACAUACUGUAGCUUUAAAUGAAGAUUCAGAUAAUCAUCUUUCUCAUGUAGACAAUCUGCCAAUAUUAUAGCCGUUUAAGAAUCAGAAUCUCCAUCUUUCCAUUGUAGUAUUUAACACGAAGGAAAAAAUGUAGCAAUCGCUAGUGUGUGCGUGUAUAUGUAUUCAAACUUGCUAUCUCAUUGUAAGUGAAUCUUUUCAAUCGGAUCUUUCCAACGAACACUAAAAUUUUCAUAGUAUUUGCACCUUUGCCCCAUUUGUGUUUGCAGGCAUUACAAAAAUAACUUUUGACACUUUCAAUUAUGUUUUCAAAGUACACCCAGCAGUCUAUUUUCUGACUGGGAGAAAAGAAAAAAAAAGAAAAGGAAAAAAAUCCUCAUCCCACCAAACUUUAAUUAAUCAAAGAAGAACCAAGACCUAUAAUAUCAUAAAGAUAUCCUGUCCAUCAUCCGCAAAUCAAAAAUACACAAAAACUACAUGAUGUCUGUUUGAUUACUGAAAGAUAAUCUCCAGUAAAUAUGCAUGUUCAUGGGGUUUACUUGCACAAUCCAGGCUGGCUCCCUUUAAUCUAAUAUGCUCUUGACUAUGUAGGUCUACUUGCUUUGUGAAGUGACUUGAUGCUGUUGCAGACAGUAGAUGUCAAGCUUGUGUUACAGGAAUGCAGUUGUAGAUAGAUGCCUUGAAUAAUCUGUGGCACUACAACAGAUGCCACGCUCAACUGAAGUCUCAAAUGUGUAUGUAAAACAAAACUUAUGGACUUAAUGAUUAUUUGAACAAAUAAAAAGACUAUAUCAUA